AUGGCCCAAAAUGGUGCCACCGUCUUCGAAGAAGAUGAAAAACUUGGCGAGUACGGUAAUUUAGUUCGGUACAUUUCUAAUUUUAAGGAUGGACGCCGCAUGUCGACAUCGGGAGCAUCCAUAUUGGAUCUACCACAGAAGAAAAAAUGGUACCAAUUUGGAAAGACUGAACAAGUGGCCGACGGCUUCUACGAAACACCCGUAGAAUGGCUACAGACUGACUGGAAAAACGGUCUGACUACGACCGAGGUUGAAGCCAGAAGAAAAAAGGUUGGCUUCAACGAACUCACUACGGAAAAGGAAAACAUGUUUCUCACUUUCGUUUCCUAUUUCCGUGGCCCUAUUCUUUAUGUAAUGGAACUGGCAGUCUUGCUCGCGGCUGGACUGCGUGACUGGAUUGACUUUGGUGUGAUAAUUGGAAUAUUAAUGUUGAAUGCCAUCGUGGGAUGGUAUCAAGAAAAACAAGCUGCUGACGUUGUUGCCUCCCUUAAGGGUGACAUCGCUCUACGUACUACGGUUAUACGUGAUGGACAACAAUAUGAGAUCAAGGCCCGUGAACUUGUUCCCGGAGACAUUGUUAUAGUUGAAGACGGAAAUGUUGUACCUGCUGACUGCCGGAUUAUUUCUGCUUAUGAUAAUCCCAAUGGCUGGGCAGAAUACCAACGUGAACUUGAAGCACAGGCCGGAGAGUCCAAUAACGAGAAGGAUGACGACGAUGAGAUGGGUGAAAAACAUGGAUCAGGCUAUGCUCUCCUUGCUAUUGAUCAAUCUGCCAUGACUGGAGAAUCUCUCGCCGUUGACAAGUAUGUCGCAGAUGUCAUUUAUUACACCACUGGAUGCAAACGAGGCAAGGCUUACGCUAUAGUCACCCACUCUGCAAAGAUGUCGUUCGUUGGUCGUACCGCCUCUCUCGUUUCCGGUGCCCAGGACCAAGGUCACUUCAAGGCUAUCAUGAACUCUAUCGGUACAGCGCUUCUAGUCCUUGUUGUUGCCUUCAUUCUCGCUUCAUGGGUCGGAGGAUUUUUCCACCACCUUCCUAUCGCCACUCCUGAAGGUUCAUCUAUCAAUCUACUUCAUUACGCUCUGAUCCUUUUGAUUGUGGGUGUACCGGUUGGUCUUCCUGUCGUCACCACAACAACACUUGCAGUUGGUGCGGCAUAUCUCGCAAAAGAGAAGGCAAUCGUGCAGAAACUUACCGCAAUUGAAUCCCUAGCUGGUGUCGAUGUUCUGUGUUCGGAUAAGACUGGUACUCUAACUGCUAAUCAACUCUCUAUCCGUGAACCUUUUGUAGCUGAUGGUGUUGAUGUCAACUGGAUGAUGGCCGUUGCUGCACUAGCCUCAUCCCACAAUGUGAAAUCACUUGACCCCAUCGACAAGGUCACGAUUCUCACACUCAAACGUUACCCAAGAGCAAAAGAGAUUUUGUCUCAAGGCUGGCGUACGGAGAAGUUCACACCUUUCGAUCCUGUCUCAAAGCGUAUCACCGCUAUCGUUAUCAAAGAUGGUGUAACAUACACUUGUGCCAAGGGCGCCCCAAAAGCUAUUCUCAACUUAUCGAACUGUUCAAAAGAUGACGCUGAGAUGUACAAAUCCAAGGUCACUGAGUUCGCUCGCCGCGGCUUCCGAUCUCUAGGUGUCGCCGUAAAGGAAGGUGAUGGUGACUGGCAGCUACUUGGAAUGCUUCCCAUGUUUGACCCACCUCGUGAGGAUACAGCAUCUACUAUUGCCGAAGCACAGGUACUCGGACUUUCGGUUAAGAUGCUUACUGGUGAUGCCAUCGCUAUCGCAAAAGAAACUUGUAAGAUGUUGGCUCUUGGAACUAAGGUCUACAAUUCUGAAAGAUUGAUCCAUGGCGGACUUUCUGGUACCACUCAACAUGACCUCGUCGAAAAGGCAGAUGGUUUCGCAGAAGUUUUCCCUGAGCAUAAAUACCAGGUAGUAGAAAUGUUACAGCAGCGUGGACACCUGACUGCCAUGACCGGUGACGGAGUCAAUGAUGCACCAUCCCUUAAGAAAUCUGACUGUGGUAUUGCUGUCGAAGGAGCUACAGAAGCUGCACAAGCCGCAUCCGACAUCGUUUUCCUUGCCCCUGGACUUUCAACCAUCGUUUCUGCAAUCAAGAUUGCCCGACAGAUCUUUCAACGCAUGAAGGCAUAUAUUCAGUACCGUAUUGCCCUCUGUCUCCACUUGGAAAUUUACCUAGUAACAUCAAUGAUCAUCAUCAACGAAACCGUCCGUGUGGAUCUGAUUGUUUUCCUUGCCCUCUUUGCAGACUUGGCCACCAUCGCUGUUGCAUAUGACAAUGCUCAUUUUGAAAUUAGACCAGUCGAAUGGCAAUUACCAAAGAUUUGGAUUAUAUCUGUCGUUCUGGGUAUACUUUUGGCCAUUGGCACCUGGAUUCUCAGGGGAUCCCUUUUCCUCCCCAAUGGUGGCAUGAUUGAUAAUUUCGGCUCUAUCCAAGGAAUGCUCUUCCUACAAAUAUCACUCACCGAAAACUGGCUAAUCUUUGUCACACGUGGAGAUGAAACUUACCCUGCAUUUGCCCUUGUCGCAGCUAUCUUCGGUGUGGAUGUCCUCGCAACCCUAUUCUGUAUCUUUGGAUGGUUGACUGGUGGCGCUGGUGAACAAUCUGACCCAGCUACUCUCAAUGUACUACUCUCUACUGACGGUCGAACAUCCAUCGUCACUGUCAUAGUUGUCUGGUGUUACUCAAUCGCAGUCACAAUUGUUAUCGCAAUUGUCUAUCACAUCAUGAACAAGGCUGCAUGGCUUGACAAUCUCGGUCGCUUCAAGCGGUCUCGUGCUGACACUCAAAUGGAGAAUAUUAUCAUGCAUCUAUCUAAGAUUGCUAUCCAACACGAGCGCGAUGAAAACGGAAACAGUCGUUUUGCCCUUGUGCCGAAAGCACUUGAAGCUGAGGAUGACGAUUAG